AUGGCAAAUUCGAAUUCGGAUAAUGAGCUGGAAAUGGAAGUCAUCAAAGAAGCGCGCUUAGAAAAAGAAUCGAUUGUUGAGCCACAGAAAUCAGUAGAUUUGAAAGACUCGGACGAAGACUCAGAUGAGCAAGAUUCAGAUGACGACGAAGAUAUUCUAACGACGGGAACAGUGGUGAAGGAAGCCGACAUUCUCAUUCACCCCCGUGGCGGUUGUCCGAUUCAUCCAUUCAGAAAAACGUUCAAGGAGAAAAAAGUCAUCGCGAAGAAUGAAAAGUUCUGCGAAAAAUGCUUCUGCUACAUUUGCGACAUUGAGGCAUCAAAAUGCGAUUAUUGGACCGAUGCAAAAGUACGUCAUUGUAAUGCGUACCACACGAAAGACGGGCUAUGGAGAUUUAUUCGCGAGAAAUAUAAAGAGCGAAAAGCGAAGAAAGAAAAUCUGUUGGCAAUUAAACGAGAUCUCCAUGAGCAGCGGAAACGUAAGCGACCCGAAACAUCAAAAGCUGCAUCAGUCAUUGAUCUUGCAGACCUCGAAGAAAAAAUGAAAAAAUUAGAAGAAGUUAGGGUUCAAAAAGAGAAAGAACGACUCAAGCGAAAGGAAGAAGAACGACAACAAAAAAUCCAAAACCAAGAAGCGUUUACUUACCAAACUCAUGAAGCAUUUGAAGCCUAUGAAUCUACUGCACCGCCAGCUGCUGGAGUUACCUUGAAUGAUACAGAAACACUUCCAGACUUUUCUAAAACUCAGCCUGCAAAGCCAAAGAUUCAAAUGAAGAUAAAUUUCUCCAAAUCACUAGGCCAAAGCUCAGAACAGAUUGAUCAGGAUGACAAUGACGGUCUGACAGACCCAUCUGCUCCAAAGAAAAAACGGCCUGAGGAGAAGAGCUCUGAAGAAUCUCCAGAAAAGUCAAUUGCCCUUGCAAGAGUUCGAAAUGCGAGUGGAAAGUCAGGAGAGUACUCAGAUCUACCGCAUACGGCGGUGGCACUUCCAGAAGAUCAACUCAAACCUGCUGGUUCUGGUCUUUCAAACUCAAGUCUGAGCCAUUUGCAGCAAUGGCUCGCAUCAACAAAACACAACGCUAACCUUGAACUAAAGAAAGCCCAGGAAAAUUUAAAGGCGAUCGAAGCGCCUGGAAGAUCAACUGCUCACUUCAAAAGCUCAGCGGUAUUCGAUUCCAGAGAGUUUAUGAUGAGAAGGAAGACGCAAGCAAAAAGAAUGAGCCAAAAAGUUUCAUACGUCGAUUCCAUUUAA